CAGGGACCCGCCGAGCUUCCCCCACACCAGCCUUUCAGACGUGCCCUCGGAACAGGAGGGGGCGCAAUCCGGUUUGCCCUUUGCCGGGAACUCGGAGUGAGGCUGCUGGGGAAACGGGUGCAGCAGCCUCCUUUUUGCCCGGUGCAGAGUGUCCAUCAAAUGGUCACAGGGAAGGACGGACCAUUCCUAGAGAGGCACAGACCGAGAAGGCCACGUGACUUUGUACAGUCCCAGCUGCCCGGUGGUCGUUUGAUGCCUUGAAUGGGAUUCAGGUGGAGCAGCGCUGGUGGGUUUUAUUUGGAGAAUAAAGGAACAGCUUCAUAACAGUUUUCUAACUUAUCACCCAGUUAACCCAGUGGGGGGGCUGUUUGGAGAGCAAAGAAGGAGGAUGGCUGUUUGGAGAGCAAAGAAGCCGGAUGCAGCUGGUCCCGAAGCAAGGAAAGUCCCUGGUGCAGACAGAAGGAAACUGCGGGACGGAAGAGUGUGGACAAACCCCAGAGACAAUGAAAUCAUCCCGCCAGAUGUGCAUCGCCAGCAGUUCAGGCAGUUCUGCUACCAGAAGGCUGAGGGACCCCGAGUGGUUUGCGGCCGACUCCACCUUCUUUGCCACCAGUGGCUAAAGCCAGAAAGCCACAGCAAGAAGGAGAUGCUGGACCUGAUGAUCCUGGAGCGGUUGCUGGCCGUCCUGCCCCCAGAGAUGGGGGACUGGGUCAGGGAAUGUGGGGCAGAGACCAGUUCCCAGGCAGUGGUUCUGGCAGAAGGCUUCCUCUUGAGCCAGGCAGAGGAGAAGAAUCAAGACCAGCAGGUGCAGGAAAGGAUCACAUGGGAGUGUUCCCACAGAGCAACUUUUCCAGGUGAGAAUGAAAGGUGUGUCGUUCUCUCUGGAUAUCCUUCUUGAGUACAGGUGGGCUACUUUUAUGUCCUCGCCCCAAUUCCUCCAUUGUGCUCCCGUGCGGGAAGAAUACUCCACCCCAUUUAGGAAUUCUGUUUGGGGCAGUAAAAACCAGGAACCAGUUUAAUUUCACUGCAAGGUAACUGGAGAAAUACUGUAAGGGAAAUGUGGACAAAGCUGCCUCCAAACUCAAAGGAUGACGGUUAAUGUCAAGCAUUGCAAAAAUAGUGCAAAAACUUUGAAAAGAGCACUUUGGCCCAGUAAAAAGAGUUCCGAAGUCAUAACCUUUCAGGAGUUGUUACUUCACAGUAACCCAGUCACAGUUUUUGGAUACUUGUUUCGUGCUGUCCAGUUUUCCACGGGACAAGGGGCAUCCAGUGUUGGCAAACCUCCGAAGGAUGGUGCUGGAAGGAGGCAGUUGGGGGCUCUAAAAAUUAUAUUCUGUCUGACUAGACGUCACGUGCCAGGGCAUGGAAAGUUUUCUCCAAAAAUGGUCAUGGAUCAUCCCUUGUUGGGCCGCCUGACAUCACUGAUCUCUUCAUUCUCCGUGGAUAUGAUAUUCUGUGACUGUCACUGUCUGCAAGUGGGGACCCACAAGGACUUGUGGGAGAAGGGAUGCCAGCCUCCAGGGGCGGGUUUGAGCUGGGGAUUCCCAGGAAUUAAAGCUCAUCUCCAGACUAUGGCGACCGAUUUCCCCCUGGAGAAAAUGGCUGCUUAGGAGGGUAGACUCUGUGUUAAUAUUCUCCACCCCCAAAACUCAAGGCAUUUGCCAACCUGAAUAUGGUAACCCACCCCCCACCCCCCACCCCCCACUGGACCUGGCAACCUUAUGUGGGCAGCAUUUCAUUUCCCCUUCGACCACAAUUUCCUGUUUCCUGUUCCAAAAAUCCAAUAACCAAUCCCCUUUUACUGCUUCCUUCUCUCCUUCUAGGGUUCCCAGCCUCCAGGUGGGGACUAAAGAUCUGAAAUCAUAAAAGAUCCCCCAGCUACAGAGAUCCAAUUCCCCCUUAAGACUGAUAGCUCCAGGUUGGGAAAUUUCUGGGGCGUUUGAGGAUGGAGCCCUGGGAGGACGAGAUUUGAAAAAGGAAGUGACAUCAGCAGGGUGUAAUGUCAAAGAAUCUGCCCUUUGAAGUACUCAUUUCCUCCAAAGAAAAUGGCCUAAGUUGUCUGGAGAAGGUCUGUAAUGCCAGAGGAUUCCUGGCAUCUCUGUUUACUCCCUUGGAGAACAUGGCUGCUUUGAAUGGUGGACUCUAUGUCAUUAUAUUGUAGGCACAGAACAGGGAAAUUAUUUUAUAUUAUGCCAGUCAAUGCCUUUUACAUCUCUGUGCUGACAACCGUAAGCUGUGAAGUUCUGUGCCUACGGAAGAUCACGUAGGCCUUUUGCACUAAAUUGUUUAAGGUUUUCUGAGGCAAAAUCAUGUAGGCCUUAAUCAAGGUCUCUGAAAAAGAUUCUGGUAAAAAUACAGCUUAAAGUCAUUGCACAGAAUCAUAAAAAGUGUCUUUGUUAAGUAAAAGCAUUCAUAGUUCCUGCAUUCCAGAAAAAGAUAUUUGUUACACUUGUGUGCAGGUCAAAGGUCAUAAAAAUAAUAUCCUCAACUAGAGCAUAUCUAAAAGCACAGACCCAGAAAUUAGAAAAUAGAAAUAAAGCAUUUAAAUAUUUCAGCUAAAGCAUACUUAUAUGUAACUUAAGCAAGUCUUUUUGAAUACAUUUUUAAUAUGAAAAAUUCUUGCUUAAAAAUGUAGCAAAGGCACUUUGCUUUCUAAACAGCCCUAUUGUUUCUUCCCACAUUCCAAAGAAAAGAUACUUUCACUUAGCAACUAGCUGAAAAAGUGUGUAUAAGAAAAGAACUGGUCAGCAGAAUUAAAGCAAAGUGUGAGUCAAGCCAUGUGAGAAACCAUAUUCUUAAGAAUGCUAUUUAACAAUGUAUCGCCAUGAUUAACAAUGAUGAGAAUAUUGAAACGUCAUGAAUUGACAGGAUUUGGCUUUGCAACAUUUAUGGUGCAUCAGCUGUUUUUACCCUGUAAGAACUGUGACAUUUGUAUAAUCAGCGCGACUCCUCUGAUUCUAAAUAGACCCUCUGUUGGUUUGGAAUAAAAAUUAUUUAUUUAAUUCUA